AUGUCGAAAAAAAGUCGCGGCCCUAAUUUCUGCGCCAGUGAAAAAGGAAUUUUAAUAGAACUUAUCCUAAAAUAUAAAGAUGUCGUAGAAAACAAAAAAACAGAUGCUGUGACGAUUGCUCAUAAAAAUGAGGGUUGGAAGGUGCUCACGGAAGAAUUCAAUUCCCUGAGCAGUUUCAAUGUCCGAAAUACGGACCAACUUAGAACGUGUUGGGAUAACCUCAAAAGAACGACAAGGAAAGACAAAGCUGCCACAAAGGAGAUUUUCUUAACAGGUGGAGGCAGGCCCAAUCAUCCACCACCAGGGCCUUUACAAGAGCAAGUAGAAAUAUUACUUGGCCCAACAUUAGAUGGUCUUGCAAACGAAUUUGAUAGCGAUGGUCAAUUUCAAGAGUCUGUCACAGCAUCUAAUAAAGUGAAGGAAGAUUCAGCAGAAAUAUUACCGACCAUUGUAUUAUUAGAUGCAGUACCUGGCUGUUCAACUGUGAUUGAGCAAGUUGGUUCCUCAGGACUGAAUAGCUCUCAGGGUGAUUCAGGGGAGUUAAAUAAGGAAACAUUUGAUGGCUCAAGUCGUCGUGAAGUUCAGGAUAAGGAUAAUAUUUGGCAUGGUUGGUCUCCAGCUGCACUUAAAACUAAAAUGUCAGAUGCACUAAUUACAAAAAAAAGGGGAGCCCAACAUGGCUUCACAGGAGAAGACCAAGGGCUUCAAUAG